AUGGCGUCAAUUUCUCUGCUUCUCUUGGUUUCUUUCCUUUGCAUCACGAUUCAUGGCUGUUUUGGUGGCGAUGCUCCUACCGUCAAUGCCACCUUUUCCCCAACUGCACCAAGACUUCCGUGCGAGUAUGUCGCCAUCGGGAGAUGUAAUCAUGAAUUCAAAAACGUUUUCUUGAUCGCCAAAAGGCGCGCAAUCUAUGCUGGACGAAGUCAAAGUUUUAAGGACAAGAAAAAUGUUUAUUGCCAAGCUCUUCAGGUAUUAAUUAAGCUUUACUGAGUAUCGACCCUUUUUAAUACUGUCGUGAAGUUCAGUCCUUCUUUUUUUUCCGAACAGUUUUUCCCCAUCUCCCGUCACGGCAAGGUUAAGCGGUUGCCGUGAGUGUUUAUGGGUGACGGCAUUUUUCAGACUGUUUAUCACGCCCUCUGAUUGCCACCGUCUCAUUUUGGUCAAAAGCUUAAGCGAAGCAAAAUUGCACUUCAGUGAAACUUCGGAGAUCCGUGGUGAUAUUCGUCUUCUUCUAUCCAUGGUAUAAUAACACUUGAACUCUGGACACAAACACUCACUUUUAUCGUUGAAGGUAUUGCUCUAGAGUUUUGCGUAUUGCAAACCGCCGUGACACUGUUUAGAUGGUUAAGGUUUAGGGGUCUGUUUGAGCUUUAGCCACAACUGAAGAGAUGGAGAAGCUUCCCACUCGUAUCUCCACCCCUUUGCGAGGGAAAAGAAUAGGGAAAUAAGAACACGGGUUUAAAAUAGAGUGAAUAUUACACUGAUCAUUAUUUAUCGUUGUGCAUCAUUGUUGUCAACAGACUUUUAUGGACUGCUUAUGGAAAUCUCUAAAGAAAUGUCGAGGGGGUACCUGGCUUGCACAGUAUAGCUUGGUCGUCCUGGAACAUGGUGUGAUGGACAAAAAAUGUGCUGUGUGCCGUCGACAUCGGGUUAGAAAACUUGAAAAGGCCUUAAAUGGUAAGAGGAAAAAAUAACAAAAAAUUCCCUAAGACACUUUGGAAGUUAGUUUAAAUAUGUUGGGGCGCGACGGCUCCCUAACAAGUGUUAAAGGCCCUUUUUUCAUGUUUUUUUUUUUCUCACUCUUGGAUUAUGUAUUCGAUGAACGCAAAAAAUGAACGAAUGUGAAAGUGCAAAGAGGGUGGGGGGUAGAGAUCGGUAGCAAGAGUCAGUCCUCCUACCCCUACCACCUGGUGCUUUGCGCCUCAUACGCUCGUCUCACCCAAUAUUUGUAGUGUUGCCGCGAAUGGGUUAUCUGUGCUCGUUACGCGUGGGCUAUCUGUGAAUACUUUCAGGCCUUUAUUCGCCCUCUUAUUUAUUGAAGUGGCCAGUUUAAGAUGAUCUUUUCGUUACAUACUCCUGACAAAUCCUUCUUGGUCUACUUUUCAGCAAACAGGCUACAAAACUAUGUUGGUAAGUGUUCCUUAAACUAGAUAAAAAAUACAACAACAAUCUUCCUCAUUAAUCUAAAUAUUUAUUUAUAGCCAAAAUAGGACCUCUUCAGCCAUGAAAAGCAAUGAAAGGAGGCUUUAUUCGCAGGCUAAUUACUAAAAAUGAGCACGCGGGUGGGGGAGGGGACCAAUCAUUACAUCGAGGACUGCCUAAUAUGCAAACUAAUAAGGCCAAAAACCCUUGUCCUACCAAGUUGAGGAUUUGGAGAGGGAAAAUCUUUUAGUAACUUGAGUAUUCGAAAUAUCAGGAGCCCAUUACCCAGGCUGCAAGUAUCACCAGAUUCUACCCACGGAAAUUCUCGCACUCGUGCUUCAGUGGCUGAGUGAUAGUACCAAAAUACCCUAAUAUCCCUGAGGUUACCACUGAAAAAGAACCAUUGUUGCUGUUCCUAUCCAGGUCAUGAUACCUGCCCAGCUUGCGCACGGUUUGUCCACCGAAAGUGCGUUAAGCGUUUCCUCGACAAGAUGACGCAAGACACAAACAUGUGUCACGAUGUGCAGGAAUUCAUCGCUUGUUAUGUUGAAGAGGGGGAUCCUAAGAAAUCUAGUUGUGGCCUGGAAAGGAUUGUGAAGAAUUUCUCUCGCCUAUGUGGGCAGCUCGGAAAGCAAAUGUUGAGAGAAGAUGAGAUUCACCCUGGCUUGAUGUGCUGA